GAUGUGAAAUGGUGAAGAAAGGUCAAAUAUGAAUGUUGUAUUCUUCUAUUUCCAUCUCAACUGUACUAACUCGCUUAUUAUUAUAGUUCUGGUGUGUCUCACUUGACGUCACAACCCCCACCGCCCCUCCACUGCCCACUUACACCGCUCUACCGUCACCGCUACCCAUGAAGCAGAAAACAUGGCCCUGCAAAUCAGAUGGCCUUCACUUCACUGCCCUACCCUUUAUGAAGAAACCCAAUGAUUCCUCUGCUUUCACGAAGCCCGCCAAAACCCACCCUUCUUUCUUCAAUUCCACCCCAAAAACGCCGUCUUCCUCAUCUUCUUCUUCAAGCUCCGAUUUUUCAGCACUGCCGUACGAUGUUCUUUCGAGGAUUGCGGCUUCAUUUACGCUGCCCAACUUGAAGGCAGCUUCGCUCGUCUGCAGAGCGUGGAGGGACGCGCUGAAGCCCUUGCGUGAGGCGAUGGUUUUCUUGAAGUGGGGAAAGAGGUUCAAGCAUGGGCGUGGAGGAGUGAAGGCUAACUUGAAUAAGGCUUUGGAUUCUUUCUUGAAGGGGGCGGCGCGUGGGUCCACGCUCGCUAUGGUGGACGCGGGUUUAAUUUAUUGGGAGAUGGGGAGAAAGGAUGAGGGGAUUGCUUGGUAUAGGAGGGCGGCUGAGCUCGGUGACCCUGCUGGACAGUGUAAUUUGGCUAUUUCCUAUUUGCAAGCUAGUCCGCCAAACACCAAAGAGGCAAUUGGAUGGUUAUACCAAGCUUCUUUUGCUGGCCAUGUUCGUGCUCAAUACCAACUUGCACUUUGUUUACAUCAAGGUCGAGGGGUGGGACGAAGUCUCCAAGAAGCAGCUCAGUGGUAUCAUAGAGCUGCUGAAGGGGGAUAUGUGCGUGCGAUGUAUAAUACAUCUCUAUGCUACUUAAUGGGUGAAGGUCUAGUGCAGUCUCACAGGUUGGCAAGAAAAUGGAUGAAAAGGGCAGCUGAUCAUGGUCAUAGCAAAGCUCAGUUUGAACAUGGACUGGGUCUCUUUUCAGAAGGAGAUAUGAUGAAGGCUGUGGUGUACCUGGAGCUGGCAACGAGGGCUGGUGAGAGGGCUGCGGCUCGUUUGAAAAAUGUUAUACUUCAGCAGCUAUCUGCAACUUCUCGUGAUAGAGCAAUAUUACUUGCUGACUCAUGGCGUGCCUUGCCUUCAUCUCGCUGAAUUGUGCUUAUUACUCUCCAGUCCAGACGUUUCCUUCUUGUUUUGCACUGGCUGCUAUUUGAACGCUUCAGUCUACGUGUGGUAUAAAAGUGGAUACAUGCUAGAUAGCUUUUGGUUUCCUCAUCCCGUAAGUUAUAGGUUCUCAAGAAUAAUUGCUGAUGUAAAUAUUAUGACCUUUGCAUAAACCUAGAAUAUCUGAUGUAACAUUAACAGUCUGAAUGUAUACCUCCUUGACUAAACGACUUUGUGCC